AGUCGUGGCAUCUUCUUUUCAUUCCACGCAGUCUGCAGUUCCCUACAUCUAACCUGUCCUAUAUAUUAUAUUUUCAUUCUCUUUUCAAAAGCUCCCUUUGGACGUGAAAAUCAUACAAAAUGAAGUUCAUUUGAAUGAUCUUUGUCCACCUUUUUUUUUUAUUUUCCUUAUUUUUUUAAUUUUAAUUGUGAUGUAUUAAAAUUAAAAAACAUAAAGUAUUUAUUUAACUUAUUGGUCCUGUUCUUAUUUAGGUACGUAUGUAAAUAUGUACGUCCAGUGUAAAUAUUAUUUAGAAUAAUUUACAAAUUAAGAUUCGAAAUAGAACAGUUUGAGUUCUUUUGAAACUUGAUUUUUAAGGUUAUGUAAUUUUGACAAUAUGGAAACUUGUAGUAUUUUAGUAGGUCAAUCAUGGAUCAAUCCAUAGUUUUUCACUAAACUUAUAUUGAAUUCAAUGAAAUUUCAUUAGUUUUAAAUUAGAUAUAAUUGGUAAAUAUGAAUGUGUAAAUACUGAUACGAUGUUUAAUUUUAAACAGAUAAAAAUGGAAGACAAGAAUUUUUUUUAUGAAGCUCCCAAAAAAGAGUUAAAAAUCGCCACAACAGAUUUUAUAAAUAAUGAGACUGGUAUAAAUAGCGUCACUAUUGACAUUCCUAUACCUGAACCUGUGAAAUUAGGACCCUCUACAGAAAACUAUGGAUCUACACGUAAAAGUGAACACCAUGAACAAAAGAAUCAUAAAACUUCCGAUAGUACAGCUGUAAUUGUUGAUAAUAUAGAUAAUUCCAAGAAUAUAAACUCAAGAGAACAUUAUGAUAUCAAAGAGAACAAUAGUAAUACUCAUCCAUCGAGUGAUAUGUCAAUAAUAAAAGAACCUGAUUCAAACAUAGAUAAUAAUCUGCCAGAAACUGUUACAUUGUUAAGAACUCCAGAUGGUGGUAAAUGUUAUCUAGUGGGCACUGCACACUUUAGUGUUGAAAGUCAAAAUGAUGUAGCAAAAAUAAUUCAGGCUGUACAACCCCAUACAGUUUUGGUAGAGCUAUGUCUAAGUAGAAUCCAUGUUCUUCAAUUAGAUGAAGAAACUAUUUUGCAAGAAGCUAAAAAUCUAACUCUAAGUAAGAUGAUGGAUGUAAUAAAGACAAAUGGAAUCUACAAGGGUAUGUUCUUUGUAUUGUUUCUGAGUAUGUCAGCUCAUUUAACAAAAGUACUAGGAUUAGCACCAGGAGGUGAAUUUAGAACUGCCUUCAAAGAGGCAAAAAAGAUCCCAAACUGUAUAGUACAUUUGGGUGACCGUCCAAUCCAGAUAACAAUAGCUCGUGCUCUUCGUUCCCUAACAUGGUGGCAAUCGAUCAAGCUCACAUGGAAUCUCUUGAGAGAAAAAGAUACAAUUACGCUGAAAGACGUCGAAAAGUAUAAAUCACGUGAUACGAUCGAGGGUAUGAUGGCAGAACUUGCUGGAGAGUACCCUGCUCUGAAAGAGGUGUUCGUCAAGGAACGUGACCUAUUCUUAACCCACUCGCUUCAGCAGGUUUGCAGAACAAGAAUCGGACCUAAUGGUGAAGCUAUUCCAACCAGAGCUGUUGGCGUUGUUGGGAUUGGACAUACCUUUGGCAUUAUAGAAAAUUGGGGGAAAGUUGAGCGAAAACAAAUCGUUCCGAUCAUGAGCAUACCACCACCUUCGCUUUCAAGCAAAGUAUUAAAAUUCACGGGUAAAGCAACUCUGAUUGGUGCGGUAAUCUACAUAGGUUAUCGCUUUAUACCGAUGUCAACGAAUCUUCUAGCAACAUUAAAGUCCUCGGUGGAGGGACUGAUCGAGGUCAGUAUCCGCAAGUAG